AUGGAUGACGAUGACGCUUUUCUAUAUGGAGAAGGAGGGGGUAAAGGAAAUACGGGCAGUACGGGAAUUGAGGCGAAAGACGGCGAUGCUGUGAAGGCGAUAAGUACGGAAGAUAAAGAAACCAACAACGAGGAGAACAAGAAAGCUGAAAGUGAGGAAGCUGAAAAUGAGGAGGAAGAUUCAUCUGAUUCUGACGUGGAGUUUGUCAUUGGUUCAUUAGAAUCGAAACCAAUUACAGAUUUGGUGCAAGAAAAGGACAAAGAGGAGGAUGACGUAUCAGGAGAUGGUUCUGUCAAGGCUCAAACGGUUCCAAUUCUUACGGAAUCAAAAGGAUUAAAUAUAGACGAGGUGGGAAAAUAUCAUGAUAUUCCUGUUAAUUCACUUACAUUUGAAGAGCUCAAGGACAAACCGUGGAGACUACCGGGAGCAGAUCUUUCAGACUAUUUCAACUUCGGGUUUGAUGAACUUUCGUGGCUUGCCUAUUGUAAAAAACAGAAUACUCUUCGUAAGGACUUCAAUCCCGCUAAGGUGAUUGCUGAACUCAUGGGAGGAGGUGCCAUGCCUCCACCACCAGCAGCGUCUAGCGGAGGCCAAGGAAGAGUUGGGGGUGGUCCCAAUAUGCCUCCGCCUCCAUUUAUGAUGCCACCUAUGGGAAUGCCAUUUAUGCCUCCCAAUAUGCAGAUGCCUGGAAUGUUUAAUGGUAUCAACAACAACAACAAUAAUAAUAAUAGCAUGAACAAUACGGGAGGAUCAAGAACACCAUCCCUGCCGAACAUUCCAAAGCUUCCGUCCAGACCUACUUCGAAUUCUAAAUCUCCAGAACCUUCCAACAGAACAUCAUCGAUGCCUCAAAACUCCAGCUAUAGAGACAGGGCAGACAAGGCUACAGAGAUGCGUAGCAGCGGGCAUUCAGGAAACCAGAAUUAUAGAGACAGACCAUCUCGUAGACGAUGA